AGUGAUACUUUAAGUUUUUUGAAAGCAUAUCCACAGAAUCCACAGUCCCAGCUUCUCACAGAGAGAGACAUUGAGAACCAGGACACAGUUAAAGGAACAGAUGGCAAAACCAAAAACCAGUACAUCUAUUUUGACCAUUUGGCAGAAGGUCUAACUGGGCUAAAUCCAGCUGGAACUUUACAACAUGGACACAUAAAUAAACCAGAUGGAAAGCAAGCAGAGACAAAUAUGGUCAAAAAUGAAAUGGAUCAGUUUGAAAGGAAGAGAGGGAAUGAUGGCACACAAAUGUAUGUACAUGUAUCAGGCUGUGGUACUGAGGCAGAAUCCUACAUGGACCAAGAAAGUGGAAAAACAUACAGCUGUGGUGGGCAUAACAAAGAUAAAAUACAACAGUCACAUCUGUCUCAAGUCUUGCAUCCCCAUUUGCUUCUUGCAAGAAGAACUGAUGGUGGUAGCCAUGCACAUGAACAACAACUCACGCUGAGUUCCAUGCCAUUUCGGUCACUAACACAGAGUGAAGAGUUUCGGUUAAAACCAGGUCAUUCACCACCUCCUGCAGAAAUGUACAUAUCAGGCUAUGGUAUUGAUGCAGAAUCCCAUAUGGAGCAAGAAAGUGGGAAAACAUAUAUCAGUGGUGGGCAUAACAAAGAUAAAAUACAACAGUCACAUCUGUCUCAAGUCUUGCACCCCCAUUCGCUUCUUGCAAGAAGAACUGAGGGUGGUAGUCAUGCACAUGAACAACAAGUCAUGCUGAGUUUGAUGCCAUUCCGGUCACUAACACAAAGUGAAGAGUUUCGGUUAAAACCAGGUCAUUCACCACCUCCUGCAGAAAUGUGCAUAUCAGGCUAUGGUAUUGAUGCAGAAUCCCAUAUGGAGCAAGAAAGUGGGAAAACAUAUAUCAGUGGUGGGCAUAACAAAGAUAAAAUACAACAGUCACAUCUGUCUCAAGUCUUGCAUCCCCAUUCGCUUCUUGCAAGAAGAACUGAGGGUGGUAGUCAUGCACAUGAACAACAAGUCAUGCUGAGUUUGAUGCCAUUCCGGUCACUAACACAAAGUGAAGAGUUUCGUUUAAAACCAGGUCAUUCACCAUCUCCAGUGAACACUGACCUGCCAGAAGUUCACCAGCUGGGAACUGGUGCCAAAUAUGCUGCUGCAGAGGAAAGAAUGGGAAAAAGUUCUCUUCCAAAUUUGUCAUGCAGUUCUGCAGGGCAUACUGAUGACAAGAAAAGUGACAGAGGGAAUCCAGAGCAACCACAAAGCACAGCUUUUAGGGAAUACGGAGAAAACAGUCAAGCCCAGACACAACCAGCCACAACACAAGACAUUGAGGAAGAAUUUGGAAGAAAAAGAUCGACAGGGCAUACAAAUAUUGGUCACCUGCAUCCAAACACCAACCUUACUGAUAGCAACUACAUUUUGACCAAUGAGGAUCCUGUCCAGAGCUCUGGUCACACACAUCACCACGAAUACAGUCAGCCACCUCCCAUUGCCCGUUCUGAACCCCAUAUUCAGCAGGAUCCUGGUCACUCUGCAGGUGGUCAUGCUGGUCAAAUUCAUCAGUAUGGAGGGCCGCAAGAAAAGAUGACCAUUCCAGGAGAUGUACGUGAUCCACAGUCAGGGCAAUCUUCCCCAUGGCUUCUUCACUCUCCUCCUAGUGGUGAUCAAACCAAGCAGGUGCCCCAUAUGACACAAAGUAUACAUAUACCAAAGAUGAGAGAGUCAGCAGAUAGAGGGAGACAAAGUGAUUUACCCCCACAAGCUGAACAAGGUAAAUUGAUUCAGAUGUUAUCAAAGACCAUGCCCUCCAUGGCACAGCUUGGUUCUCAGCUUGGCCUUACAGAAGAACAAAUGAACCAAGAAGGCAUGGCAGCUAUGUUGCUGCACCUAGCUAAUGAAAAUGCAAAGCUUAAAGCACAGCAACUACCAGAUUGUGAUGAAGAUACAAAGAAGUCUGUUGCAGAAGAGGAAUAUCUGCCCCAUCGCCAGCAUGAGAAAGUGGUAGAGGAAAGAAGUACAAACGCCGAGUUAGCAGAUCCUGGCAGAAGUAUUUUAGUUGAAGUCACUAUGUCUGGACCUGCAGAAUGUUUUGAGGAAGAAGAGCUGAAAUUCUUGUUUGAAAAUGCCAAACGUACUGGAGGGGGAGAUAUUGACAAGUUUUAUUUUUACCGUGAUAAAAAGAAACUUAUCAUUAGAUAUGAGAAGAAUAAAGAUGCACAAGGUGUUUUGAAAAAUGGAUCUUUUGACUAUAAAGGGGUAAAAUUUACCCCCAUAUUGUUCCAGUCCCCAAAACCAAUGCAGCAGCAUCAAAAGCAUGUCCAAGAGCAUUCCCACAGUGCAACUGCUGCAGGCUUGGAGCAUUCUGGAGGAAUUUGUGUUUGA